AUGGAUGAAGCUAGUGUAUGCCUAACAGACACAUAUCUUAACAAUCCCCAUGAAGAAUAUGAACAUGUUGGUGUAGAUGAGGAGGACCAAUACUCAAUUAGCAGUGUUGGUUCCGAUAGUGAUGAUGAGGUCGGAGAAAAAGAUAUACCAAAUACUGAUUAUGUUGAGGAUAGCAGCGAUGAUGAGGAAUGGGUUGCGGAAGAUGCUAGACCGGAUGCUAUUCCAGAAAUUGCCUAUGACAAAGAAAACCCGCCAAUGCAUGUUGGCGCAAAGUACCCCAACAUUGAAGAGCUUAGGUUGGCAAUUUCUACAUACGCUGUGAAGAAAGAGUUCGAAUUUAAGGUUGAAAAAAGUGAACCUACUCGAUUCAGGGCUUAUUGUCGCCGGGCGAACAAGACGGGCUGUAAAUGGAGAAUUCAUGUUGGGAGGUUGGAUGACCGAGAAACUAUGGAGGUCAAAGUUCAUGUGCAGGAGCACACAUGUUCUAGCACAAAGAAGAAAAAGAAGCAGAAAAAUGCUUCAAAGGCAUGGGUAUGUGAGAAAGUCAUGGACUGGGUAAAAGAGGAUCCUAGUGUUCGGCCGAUGGAAUUACGCAGGAGGCUACAUGACAAGUACAAGAUCAAGGUACAAUAUACAAAAGUAUUUCGUGGCAAAGGGCUAGCAAUGGCUAAGUUGUUUGGUAAUUGGGAUGAUUCUUUUGACAAGCUAUAUGCUUGGAAAGCUGAGGUUGAGAAGAGGUCUCCUGGAAGUAUAGUUGCGAUUGACCACAUGGAGUAUGACCAGAAAAAAUAUUUCAUACGAAUGUUUGUUGGGCUGAAGCCUUUGUGCGAUGGGUUCUUGGCUGGCUGCAGACCUUACUUGGCGAUAGAUAGCACUCAUUUGACAGGCAAGUAUAGAGGCCAAUUAGCUACUGCUUGUGCUAUUGACGGGCACAAUUGGUUGUACCCUGUAGUCUAUGGAGUUAUCGACUCGGAAACUACUGAAAGUUGGGUGUGGUUUAUGGAUAAGCUUCGUGAUGCUAUUGGCUCUCCCCCCGGUAUUUGGGUAUGCUGA